AUGACGACAUACUUUAUUAAAAUUGGAAAUUGCAUGGAGCGUAAAAAUGAAGUACAUGUAGAUGUUGAACAAGAAGAUACAAUUACACAAAAAGGGUACUUUCUCAGGACGAGAUGCGAUGCACCGGAUAAGUUUCAAAUGACUAUCGCAAGAUCCAUCCUAUUAAAAAAACCUUAUAACAAAUUAGGUGACAAAUGGAAUAUGCAACCUAUCCAUUACUCCAAAGUUGAGCUACCGGAUCGGAUUAAUGAUCACCUACACCAAGUAUGUUUUGAAAAUUGA